CCGACCACGUUGUAGCCACUUCGCAAUCCAGCAUACCAGCUGCGAGUAAGGAUGAUUAGCCUCCCAAAUUAUUAUUAUUAUUAUUAUUAUUAUGUUUUAAUUUCAAUUGAUACAAUUUAAAAUUCUGAUAUGGACGGUGCUCACAUUAUGGGAACCAAAUUGAAAUAUGCCUAUGUAUUUAGGUUUUUGUGGUAUCCCAGACAAACUCAAAGCUUUUUUUUAAAGCCUCAUGUAGUCGUGUCAGUUUCUGUCAUUGAUUUCAUCUGAAUAAAAAAAUUAAUAUAAGAUAAGAAAAAAAUAAUAAAUACGGCUGGCAAGAUAUUCUGGGGCAAACCCCUAGUCUCCAUGAUGAGUUUUGAUAGUUAUUUAAACCAUUUCUAGUAGCGUAGAUUAUUUUGAUGUCACUUUUUAUCUGCAUAUGCAAACUUGUCACAAACCAAUCAUAGCAUGCCUCGGUUAUAAUCUGGAUAUCUGUUAGGCCUGCAUGCAUUCAAUUUGUAAUUGUUCGUUAAACAUUCAUAUUUGUCAUGGUUUGUUGAAAAGUCUGCAUUGCUGCAAGCAGGAGAUGGCAAUUUGUAGAGAUUAUAAGGCGAAGCUAGAGGGCGGUAUUCCUCAUAUGGCUUGGAUUGGCAAGAAUAAAUCUUUUGAGAAUUCAUUGAUUCUUAAUUAAACAUUUUUAAAAACCUCUGAGGUACCUGCACCGUUUAGGGUUAAGAUCAAUUGGUGGCAACUCGAAAGUAGUUUCCACAUCGUAAGAACCGAAGAUGUAUUCCUGUUUUAUUUGUUAAUCACAAAUAAGUGCAAUAAGAACAGAUAUUUUGUCAAUUACAGAGGUUUUGAAGCACUGACAGAUUUUGAAAAAUGUGCCGAUUUAUUCACAUUUUGGUGCUUGAUCAUUCGUGUCUUCUUAGUAAUUGCUCUUUUGGUGGUUUGUUGGUUAGUUUGAUGGUCUGGCUAUUGACUUACUUGCUGGCUUGGGUAAUACAGUAGACGUUUUGGAACAUGGAACAUUUAAAAAAUAAAAACAGUCCUGGCCAUGUCGUCAUCCGUUUAUUGCUCAUCAGCGGCUCCCUAAAUGCCUAAUUAAACUCUCGAAUUUCCAAGAUCUUAAAACCCACCGUUGACAAACUUCCUGUACUUCACACACCACCGCCGGGCCCAUAAAAGACGGCCCGAUUCCGAAGAUCAAAUGUGGCGCACCAGGCUUUCUUAGAACUCGCCGCGGGAUGACAACAGGCAGCGGACGGUAUGAAUGACUUCAGUGGACGCGGCGCCCUGUGAUCGGCCGUCCCGCCAUUGUCUGGCUACCGCUGUGAAGUUCGCCGUAUUUUUGUUCCUGUCCACUGAAGUGGUUGAUGAGGCUAAUCUUGCUGCGCGUCUCGCCACAAUCUGUCAUUCCUUGGCUGCACUCCCUUGAUGAAUGACGUGACAGUAUUUUUUCCUCACCGUAGUUUUGACAAAGUUCUUGAAUAGUUCUCCCUGUGGUCAUAUCUCUGAGUUUCCUGGGUUCUUUGCGUUUUACCUGUCCCACGAGCAACAAGAAUUACCAGCGGGAUCUCAGUGGAAUCCUGACGGGGAGAUGGCACGGUCUUCACCGCCUAAUGACUGCGACACCCUGCGGUCCACCGCACCGGUCAAGACCAAGUCUCGCCGGCCCAACUACCGCCGGAGAGUCAAACUCCCACACACCUUCGCUGAACUCAUCACAAUGGCAAUCAAGGAAUCAGAAACUGGUAAGCUGACCCUGAAAGAGAUCCAGAGCCACAUGUCGGCGUCCCACGACUGUUUCCGGGGCGCCUACUCCGGCUGGAAGAACAGCGUCCGCCACAACUUAUCCACUUGUUCCUGCUUCGUCAAGGUGCUCAAGAACAAGGCCCAACCCAACGGCAAGGACAACUACUGGGCUCUGAACCCUGACUGUCCCCACUGCGUGAUGCUCAAGUCACGCCACUCCUUUCAUCAGUCCGCGGGUGCAAGCACCGGCACCGGGCGUUCUUCCUCCGAAGUCAGCGCGUCAAAUCCGCCGGACACUAAGACAGCAACACGGAACCUCCACAAGUCAUCUUCGCCGCCUACUACCCAAAACGUGGCCACCACAGCAGCACACACCAGCAGCAACCCAACCACUCCUUUGACAGCCCAGCCCACCCCUCUACACAGCAUCAAUCGAGAUUUUCUUGUAGGUCGCGCCGGAGUCCCCGUCAACCAGCCUGAGAGCUCGCAAGGUCAUCAGCUAUCGUCCAAGCCCCAGCCAACCGUCUCCACCGCUAGUCUUCCGACUAACGAGUGGAAUCUCCCCAUGAGUGGCCUGUACAACCCAGACGGGGAAAUUGACCUGUCUUUGUACGGCGAUGACGCUUGGCCAAGCUCGGAAAGCCGACAGAGUUUUCAUACAUCAACAGGACAUUUCCAUCAGGAACAUCAGCGAGACAUCAAGCCCAAGGCUCUGUCUACUUGGAUGGGGAGUGGCAUCUAUCCACCGUAUCACUCCUUGUCGACGGAGGGCGCUCUUCCCCGUACCGCUCCUUACCCGCAGCCAGCCAAGAUCAGGAUCAAGUCGGAGUACGUUGCAGCCUCUAGUCACCGGUAUCAUCCCUACCAUGCCGCCCAGACGUUCGGCAGUUUCCGUGAUCGCCGCGUGGACUACUCGUGCUACUCGGUGUCCAGAAGCGAACCCGGCCACCACUACGGGCCGAGAUGGGCCGAUGACUCCCGAACGGUGCCGAACUCCUCCCAGGGCGACUCCGUGGUUGUGUCGGCCAUUCGGAGCAGCUUGGGUUUAGACUUGGACGAGAUGGCACUGUAUGCGAUCGAACAUUCGGUCCGAGUCCUGGACGUGACCCGACCAUGUGACCUCAUGAGUGCUUAGGUUGCCUCUCACUUCCAGUUCGCAAACAUCAGAGAAACUCGAAGAGACUGUUUUUCUAAAAAUGUAUAGUCUUAGUGGGCCAAACCUCACAGGAACAGUUUAGUGGCAUUAAUCAACUGAAAAUUAUGAAUUUCUAAACUAUGGUAGAGCGAUUUUCUAUGGUUGGACAUGAUAUUAAUCCUGUUUGUUAGAUUAUGUUCUCAUACCACACGGGUUCAACUUUAUUGGUUGUCAUUUUCGGAAAAAUUGAUACUCUCCCAUACCACAGCUAUGUUGUUUCUCAUUGUAACUAAUUUUCUUGAAAGUGGUUUUUUUUUUAGCUGAGAAAAAAAAGUGUUAUACAAAAGUACGGUGUUACUUAAUUUAUUGUUCUUUAUUCCUACGUUUACGUUUUUAUUAUUUGUUUCAGCCUGAACAGCAAUAAGUCAUAUUUAGGCACUUCUCAGUGAUUUGGAAAACCAUGUUAACUUUACGGUCGUCAUACUUCAAAUAAAUUUGAAUCCCUGAAUUUUGCUAUUCUUUUCGCGUGUGUACAAUUUAUGUUAUGUUACGAUUGUGUUAUGUUAUGUUACGAUUAUGUUAAUGUGACGAUUUGCAUGGUGUUUGUGUAUUCUAUAGUAAAUGAAUCAAAACUUAA